CCAAUACGAAGUGAAGAUGGGAAGAAGGACAGUGGGGCUGCUGACACCACAGCGGUUGUGGCUGGUGCCUGUUGUGGGCCUGUUGGGGAGUGUGCUGGCAUGGUACAGGCUUGUGCAGGAGCACCACGGAGGCGAUGAGGGUGGCAGCAGUGGCAGUGCAGUUAGUGGUGACAAGGGCCCCCAGCUGUGGUGGCUGCGAGAGAAGCCGCCUGCGUGGCAGAGGGCCGUGUCCAACUUCACCAGCCACGGCACGGACUCUGCGUGGCUCACCGUCGUGUACCUGUCACUGGUGGCGACGCAGGCCUUUGUUCUGCGACUCUGCUGGGCGUAUCGCCGCUUUUGGCCACUGCACUUUGCGCUGUUUGGGCCUGCGGCCAUGGCAAACCACCCACAGCCGCGCCAUCACGUGGCAACGCUCCCGUACUCCACGCACGUCCGCGCCUUCCACAACAACAUCAUCUUUGGGACUUGUGUCCUCCUCAACCUGCUCAGCAUCGCCACGUCUGUUCCGUUCUUUCUGCACGCUGCCCAGGAUACCAUGGUGUCCACCUGGCUCUCCCACUUUCCAAACCACCCAGCAUAG